AUGUCUCUAAAGCGCAGUGCACCAUUAGACCUCUCACCCUCCUCCCCCGCAAGCCCACCCCCACCAAAGCGCCAGCACCACAAACCCGCCCCACUCUCCUCCCCCCACAACCCACUACAACAGCCCCCCUCCAAGCUCCUACCCUCAGCACCCACUCCCGAAGAGGACGACUACAUGAACAUGACAAUCCCAGACCCAACCCCGACUGGACCAGAGUCCUACACAGAGCGUCUAAAGCGCAAGCAACGCGCCGCCGAACUCGCACAGCCAAAGUCCAAAGCCGAACUCGCGCGUAUCGGGGGGCGGAGUCGUGACGAAGCGCUCACCAAAAGUCUCCUCUGGCACGAGAGCGCCGGUGCGAACAAGGGGUUGAAAAUGAUGAAGAAGAUGGGCUUCACCCCCGGUAGUGGGCUCGGUAGGAAGGAGUGGGAAAAUGGUGGGGACGGGGCGAGGUUGGAACCUAUAGGUGUUAGCAUGAAGUCAGAUCGUGCAGGGAUCGGGUUAGAGAAGGCUACUGGCGAAAAGAUGAAGGAUGUCGCGGCCGGUAUUGGUGUUGAGCAAUUGAAUCCCGAGGAGUACAGAGAGCGAGUCAGGAUUCAAGCUAGGGAGGCAAGAAUGGAGGCCCAAUUUUUCAGCGCUCAGAAGGUUUGCGAGAAGUUUGAGGAUACUGAGGAUAAUCUCGGGGGUAAUGCGCAGCGGAGUGUACCCUUGAAAAGCAUCAACGUAUUCUGGCGCGGCCUGGUUAAAGCUCGUGAGGAGAGGGAGCGCGGAAGGAAGAUGAAACACGAGAUGUUGCAGAGUCUGGAUUUGCCUAGGUUACCUGGAUAUGAUAGGAACCAUGAGCUGGAUCAUGAAGACAAAGUCGCGCUUGGGAUUGCGCCCGGUAGGAUUCGCAAUUUUGGAAUGAUGGUGGAGGAUGGAGCUGAAUAUGAGACUGACGAAGAUGAGGAGUUGGCGGAGUUCGAGGCCUUGGAGGUUGGAGAGAGAUUGAAGCGGAUUGUGGCGCAUUUGAGAAGCAAGCACAAUUACUGCUUUUGGUGCAAGUACCAGUAUCCUGAUGGGGAGAUGGAGGGGUGUCCAGGGCUCGGGGAGGAUCUGCACGGCUAA